ACCACUACUUUAAUGAAGAGAAUAAUUUCAAAUACAAGUGUAAACUUAAUUAAUAUUUGACGUACCUACCCAUAUUAUCAAGUAAUGUUUUGUUGAUUAAAAAGGUUGUGUGCUCAUUACAUACGUUACAAAUACCUUGAUCCAUGUGAAAUAUGCACGGAAACUUAUUAAAAACUAGUUGACAAAUAUUUUGUGUACAUAUUAUUAAAACUCAUUAAACAGAUGCAGAUAAUACAUGUAAAAAAGUGAAGUGUUCUGGUACAUCAUCAAACAUGUUAAGAUUUCUGAGUCGAAAAGGCCGAUCGUCUAGCCAGACACGCAAGAAACAAAGUCAAAAAUCAUCAGCAAAUAAAAAUUUGAUUCAAUGCAAGGUAAUGUUACUUGAUGAUACCGAUUUAACUAUAAAUCUUACCAAAAAAGCUAGUGCUGCUGAUUUGUAUGAACAAGUGUUUUACUCUCUGGAUUUAAUAGAAAAAGACUAUUUUGGAUUACAAUUCACAGAUACUAAUAAUGUGCAACAUUGGCUGGAUCCAACAAAAACCAUUAAAAAGCAAGUGAAAAUUGGACCACCCUACACAUUGAGGUUAAAAGUUAAAUUUUAUUCAUCCGAACCUAACAAUCUCAGAGAAGAAUUGACAAGAUAUCAAUUUUUCUUACAAUUGAAAAAAGACAUUUUAGAGAGCAAGUUGGAAUGUCCACAUACAACAGCUGUAGAGUUGGCAGCUCUAGCAUUACAGUCAGAAUUGGGAGAUUAUGAUGAAACGGUUCACACUCCAGCCACAGUGUCGGAAUUCCGUUUCGUGCCCAACCAAACUGAGGAGAUGGAAAUUGAAAUAUUGGAAGAGUAUAAAAAAUAUAAAGGUCUUACACCUGCACAAGCUGAAGUAAACUAUCUUAAUAAAGUUAAGUGGCUUGAAAUGUAUGGUGUGGACAUGCACAUAGUUCUGGGAAAAGAUGGUUGCGAAUAUCAUUUAGGGUUAACACCGACAGGCAUACUUGUUUUUGAAGGUCCUCAAAAAAUUGGAUUGUUCUUUUGGCCGAAAAUAACAAAAUUAAAUUUCAAAAAGAAGAAGUUGACCUUAGUGGUAGUGGAAGAUGAUGACCAAGGGCGUGAGCAAGAACAUACAUUCGUGUUUCGCCUUCAUAACGAAAAAGCUUGCAAACAUCUUUGGAAGUGUGCUGUUCAAUACCACACAUUCUUCCGCUUACGUGCUCCAGUUAAAGGCCCAUCGGCUAGGCAAAACUUCUUUAGGAUGGGAUCAAGAUUUCAAUAUUCAGGAAAAACUGAAUACCAAACAACUCAACAAAAUCGUGCUCGUCGAACUGUUCAAUUUGAAAGACGACCGAGCCAACGUUUUGCUCGCAGGCAAAGUCAUGUUUUACGAGAACGAGAAAAACAGAUUGUUACCGCUAAACCUGAGAGUACUCCACAGACUGAAACUACUGAAAUAGCACCAAGUACUUCUGUUGAGGAAACUUCAACACAAGACACGAAUGAUACUCCUGAUAUAACAACAACCGAAACUGCCCUUGAACCUUUAACUAGAAAAGAUAGUGCCAAAUCUCAAAAGUCCACAGACGAAAAAGAAGAAAACAUAGAUGAAAAAAAAAACCCCGAGGUUGAACCUUGGUUAUAUACGUUAGUUUUUAGGCACUGCCGAAGUUUAGAUUUAAAAACUUCUGCAAGUUUCCAGAAAACAGCCAACCCGAUUUGGAUACGUCCCGCGAUCUCUUUUACAUUUGAGUCUGUUGCGAAUGACAAACAAUCCAAGAUAGAUAUACCUACUUAAGAUAACAUUUAACUAUAAAUUAUAACUUCAAUUGUAAAUAUUAAUUCAUGGAAAUAGAGUAUAUUUAUAUGUAUUAUAAUAGGGAUCUCAGCCCUAAAGCUUAGUUCAGAAUUGAGUAGGUAUAAAUAAAAAUAAAAAUUCAUAAAGCUACUGUAAUUAAGACCUUUGAUUGUUUUUUAUUAAUUAAUUUGGAUAUGAAUUAUUGUACUUACUAUUAAGAAUUAUGGCCUAAUAACCUGAUAAAAAACAAUACUCAUAAUACCUGUUAACGGCGUAUUAAUUAAUAAUUAUUGAAUCACAAUGCAGGAUUACUAAAAUAUUCGCUACAACAUCGAAUAUGACGUCAAAUCGAACGGAGGUUAGUCACACUGACUUUAUCAUCAUCGAAGUUCUGUAAUAAGGACAGUGUGUUGAAAGUAUUUCUCGAACAGUAUCGAAAAAAAGCUCAAGCUAGUAAAGUCAAAUUUUCAACCAACAAAUGGUCACUAGUCCCUGGUGGAAAGUUUACUUCUAUUCAGUAGUGAAAAUAUUAAACGAACCCUAUAAAAUGGGUACUCCGCGUAACAGUUGUGCCUGAUUUUUAUUGAAAUUAAUGGUGCAAUUAUUAAUAACAUUACGGUAAUGUACUUUUUCUAUGAGAUAUAGAGAGAUGUGUUUGUUUGCUACUCAAAGCCCAUAUAAUAAACAUUGAAUAAGUUAUUGAAGGAACUUUUGAAAUUUCGAAACUACAAUAUUGGAAUAAGUUUUAUCUGUUUUUUAAAUGGGUGCAAGAUUUAUAUAUAUAUUUAAUAAUAGUUUUAUUAUAAAAGUCAUGAAAUCUAUUUCAUUCAAUUUAUAUUUUAAACUUCUUUAUUAAAAUUUAAAAAUGUUGCAUAAUGUAUGCAAUGUUUUACUGUAUUUAAUUCAUCAUGUUGACGAUAAUAUUGCCAAUGAUUUAUAUUAUUAUUCAAAUUUUAGACUGUCGUUCAAAUGUACGAAAUUUUCUGGAGCAUAAAGGUACUUGAGGAUCUUAUCGUAUUGUAUUUUUGAAGUCUAUAAAGUAGCUGAGAAACUCGCGAUGCAGAUUAUCACGAGUUUAUCAAAUUUUUUAUCAAGAAAAUUCUGGUCAAACCAUGUCAAGAUCUAUUUUAGCCGUUAUGUGAUCACAUAGACACAAUACUUUUAAGUAUUCAGCCAGAGCAAUGUAACUUGGUACCUAUAUUCCGCAAUAUAAAAGUAAAAUAAAAAAAAUAUAUAAAUAAUAAAUUGCCCUUUAGGUAUUGUUGUGCGAAUAUAAUAAAAUCUUAAUGAUGCUCAAAAUAUAUUGUCUUUCGUGUCCAAUAAAUAUUUGACGCAUCAAUGAAUAAUGUUUAACUUACAAAAGACCAAUGAUAAAUCAUUCCAUUAAAGUUAAGUGAUAAUAUUGCAUCAUUCAUUCCAAUUGUAUACUUUGUACUUAACUUUUUUAAAUUAGUAUUAACGAAACCGUCCUUUUAACAUAUCUAGGUUUAAAUAAUAAUAAUUUAAAGACAAUAAAUAUUAGUACAAUGUGGACAACAGUAUUAAACAUAAUUCGAAUAAUUUCGGUGCCAUAGCAAAUAAAUGCUAAACUUUGUAUUUAUACAAUACAAACACAUCUCACAUGGAUUUUGGAAGAAAUAAAAUGAAAUUUAGAAAAACGUGAAUUAAAAUGUUUUAAUAAAUGAUUUAUAUUAUAUCUAUUUUAUACAAUAAUUGUAGUUUAGCUUUACAAUGUAAAAAUAAAGUUUUAA